AUGCAAGGAAUCCUUGCCAUGGACGUGGGCACUUUUUUCCAAUGGGAAAAAUAUGUAACCAUCGGUGAUUUCAUGAGCACUGACAUCCGACCAGCAAAUAGGAUUAUAGCAUCACCGGCACAGCUGCGCAAGUUUGUCUAUCUGUCCCACUAUAUCCAUGUCCUGGCACAUCUAUGUAUUGAACGAAUGAUCCAGCGAUGUCUUGAGAGUCCAUUAGGCCAACGACAGUAUCCCCCAGGCUUUGGGCUUCCCACAUGGACAGAGGAGCAACGGACUGUUCUUGCAUUUUGGCGCCUACUAUUCUGGAAUCAAGUCAAGAUUGAAUGCGCAAAGGGAUCUCUGGGAUGGUCCACUGAUGAACUAAAACGAAUGGCCUCGAGCGAUCUCUAUGAUCAAUAUCUUUCGAAUGCUCAGCGCUACCAGGGUUUUGCAGCUUUGGUUUUCAUUGCUGAGAUCUCACCGACGGAAAGUUCCUCUGACCUCUCCGAGAGUCUGGCUCGAGAUUCCUUUCCACUACCGAGCAUGCCCGGUGAGAGAGAGUUCGACUGGGUCUGCGAGCCUCCUCCUUCAGCAGGAGCUAUUAGUCAGGGUCGGACGUUUGAAGAUUGUGAACAUGAUUUGAAUGUGAUGUUCCCACUGCAACAAUCAGGGCACUCUCAGCAGAGAGGGGACGAUCAGUCUAGCCCAGAGGCAUUCCAAGACCCUAUCCAUGAUCUUAGUGGGGAAUCCAGUCCUGAACGCAGUCCUGAACACAGUCCUGAACACAGUCCUGAACACAGUCCUGAACACAGCCGCGAGUCUCCGUCUCAGCCUCGUCCGGACCUGACAGGUGAAGCCGUACAGCCACCUAGGCGACCAGCUCGAUUUUUCUACGGAACAGACUCCGAGGACGAAUCGUCUGACGACAAUGAAUGGAACACCGCUGAGGACUUCCGGGAAGACACUGAAGACGAAGAAUCAAGCUCUGACUCGAGCUCUGACACAAGCGGGGAUGGCCCUAGAAGAGGCGCAAAUGCCUGCAUGUUGAGAGACCCCACCCCGUCUCCUCCAGAUGAAUUUUAUAUCCGGGGCCGACCGCACCCCUAUGUGCCUCGCCCGCUACUUGAUUAUGGGCCCCAGUCUCUGCGAGGCCCAGAGUGGGAAAACCUUGACCGAGAACCGCUCGGUAUCCAAUUCUGGCGCAGUAUGGGUGCGAAUCCCGCGGCCGGACCGGCCAAGUAUAUGUGGUUCCACCCUUAUGCUCGGUAUGGAUUCGCAUUCUGGGAGGAGCGGCGGAUGAUACAGCUAGGAUUGUGGUCGCGGCAGGCCCUUGACGAUCCAGUCAAGUACUACCAACGAUGGUAUACCUUUCUGAGUCAAGAGGAUAUUAAGCGCUGGAAGCAGAACUUUCGAUAUAUUGAUGAUGAUGACUACGAAUGA